ACGGCGAUUUUCCUAACGGAACCACUCUACUACCCCCAAUAGGAACCUCACUCGUUGACACACGUCAACAAGGAGCACCAUGGAAGCUACGGAGGAAACACGGUCUUCGAUAUCCGGUCCAUCGGCCCCUCAGAAUUCUAAGGAUUCUGUAGAUGGAAAGAUCAAUAAAGGAUCUAGUGAGGUCAAAUCUGUACGGAAAGACGGCAGUCCAAGUCUAGAUCCUUACAUUGGGAAGCUCGAACGGUACGAACUAUUUUGUACCAACCAAAGUUAUUAUCUUGUAGGAUGCAACAAACAGAACAGCCAAUAUCGAGUGAUCAAAAUGGAUCGAACACUCAUCGAACGCCGGGUUGCAGUUGACCAAAAUAAAGGGGGCCAACAUCAGCAGCAACACCAACACCAACAAUCUACACAAUAUGAUUCGAACACAACCAAUGUCGUCAAUGCAUCCGAUGCAACACAUUCGAGUGUGUCGACUUCAUCUACGGCUGUGAAUCAAGCCGUACUAAAUGAUGCCGCCCAUAAUUGUAAGCCGACGUUAAGAAAUUUGAAGGAAUUCAUAUACGAAGAUCCAAAUGUUUAUAGCCAAAGCGAGAUUCAAGACAUGCUCGAUAUGAUUCACGAUGGAAAUCGGCUGCGCAGAGAAGAUCGGCGUGCGGUUCCAGUAGAAAGUGGGGGGGGAGGCCUCAAACCAAUUGCUAAAGCCUACGGUAUCGUAGGGUUCAUCAAAUUUUUGGAUUGUUACUAUUUGACAUUGAUAACACGAAGAGCCAAGGUGGGAAGUAUCGGGGGUAAUGGAAUUUAUACAAUUAAGAGCACCGAAACCUUUCCCAUCAAGCCCGCUGAAAGCGUGAAUGGAGGAACAGGGAAUGGUGACAUUGAUAUUCAUGCUGAUCCCUCAUCGGUGUUGCUCAACAUGUGGAAUCGGGGAAAAAGAAGUGUUGGACUUGGUCUCACAAACAGAGAAAUUGCAGAGUUGCGAUACCAGGGGCUUUAUCAGGUUGUAGACCUGACGAAGAACUUCUUCUUCUCAUACACCUACGACUUAACGAGAAGUUUGCAAGAAAACGUUUUAUCCAACACAAGUAAACCGUUUCCUCCGCCGCCGUUUAAGGAUAUGUUUGCCUGGAACUACUUUUUAACGAGAGAAUUAGAGGAAUGCACCGAUUCGCUUUCGAGUUUUCACUGGCAGAUGCCAAUUAUUCAUGGUGCCUUUGUUCAAAGAAAGCUUAAUGAUUACGGGCGGUCUCUCAAUGUGAUUCUUCUCGCGCGAAGAUCUCGGCACUUUGCUGGUACACGAUACUUGAAACGAGGAGUGAGCGAGCAAGGCAAGGUCGCAAAUGAUGUGGAGCAUGAGCAGAUUGUGCAUGAUGAAUCCAAAGCGGUUUCCAACGGGGUUUUCAGCUCAUACCUACAAGUACGAGGUUCCAUACCUACUUUCUGGACUCAGGAAUCAUCUGUCACAAUGCCAAAGCCUCCCAUCGAGUUGAACCGAGUUGACCCCACGUACACAGCAACAAAGUUACAUUUCGAGGAUCUUUUAAAGCGUUAUGGCAGCCCCAUUGUUGUCCUCGACCUGGUUAAGCAGAGUGAAAAGAAAGAACGCGAAGUCCGAGUUGGUAAUGAAUACCGCCAUGCUAUUGACCACUUAAACCUUAGCAUAGAAUCCGAUGCUCAUAAAAUUCGAUACUGUGCUCUUGAUUAUUCUCAUAUCAGCAAGCACCGACAUUUGGACGUCAGCACGUCGUUGAAUGAGGUUUCGACGUGGGCUGUGAAUCAAACAGGAUUUUUUUGUAGCAAUCCACAAUGGAAGAUCAGCAAGGGCGGGAGCAUUGAACCCUUCAGUGAAAAGGAUUGUCAGGCGGCUUCGAUCUUGACCGAAAAAGUUGGCGUUCCUACAUUUGCAAUGGAACAGACAGGAGUUCUCCGAACAAACUGCAUUGAGUGAGUAUUUUCAGAACAAAAUGUCAUGAUUUCCUUCUAUUUUGUUUCGCCCUUGGCAUUUGACUUGAAUACGGAACUUUGACUUUUUCAAACUCAUUAAAUCUCCGUUCAGCUGUCUUGAUCGAACCAAUGUCGCUCAGUUUAGUGCCGGUGUCGAAGCAAUGGAGCAGCAACUUGUUGUAAUGGGCAUACGAUCGAAUCCAAGGUUAGAUCCUUCGUCUAAUAUUGUUCGUGUUUUGAUCGACAUGUAUGUUGAUAUUGGAGACCAUAUUGCUCUACAAUACGGAGGUUCAGAGGCCCACAAGAAGGUUACCGCAGAAAGGUCUGAAUCUAUUGCUGGUCCAAUCGGAAAGGUAAGAUUAGCUUCUCAUUUCGAAAUAAUUCUUCUUCAUAAUUCAAAUUAUUCUCACAGACCUCUUCUCUCAAACAGCACAAAGAACUUCUCACUUCGAUAAGAAGGUACUACAGCAACGCAUUCACAGACCGCUUAAAACAAGAUGCGAUGUAAGUGACAAACAAUAUUACACCAAAUGCAUUGUGGUUUGUAUCUCACCAUUUUUUCAAAUGAAAGGAACUUAUUUCUUGGCUAUUACGUCCCGUACCGCCAUAAAAUUCCUCUAUGGGAGAUGGAAACCGAUUAUUAUCUCCAUAAUCUUGAUGUAGAAAUUGGUAAAGAAAUGAAAGGAUACCAAAAAAGCUUUGGGGUUCUUGAAUGGAAUAAUGAUUUUGAUUCUGACGGUAGUGAGCGUAUCUCGGUUAGGCGAUCUCGAAUUGCAUCAAAGAAACACCCAAACGGUACAAAUUUGCUGGUUCCAAAUCAAUCUUUAAAGAUUCAAAAAGUUCGCGAGCGAUGCAGAACACAAAACAAAGCAUUAUCGGCGUGGUGGAAGAUAGCACUUCAAAUCAACAUACAGCAGCGCAUGGUAAGUCAAAAUUCAUUUUGUAAACUUCACCUUGAAUUUUCACGAUCUCAAUAAAUAAAUUUUGGAUUAGUGGAUGCAUCUUGGAAAGAGCCCUUCAGAGUCUAUGCUCCCGCCACGUUUUGAACGGCUGUAUCAGCCUGAAAAGAUGGCACAGUUUGAUAGGUUUUUUGCCAGGUCUUGGGCAACACCAGUGCGUAGAAGUCAUUCAGCCCAGCAUGGUGGUGAAAUCGAUGAACAGGUGUCAGAGUUUCGACGAAAUAUGUAUGGCCGAUCGAUAACCCCGCUGGCAAAUUCAAAUCUGAAGACUAAUCAAGAUAAAUGGCAAAAUCCUCCAAGCUUAGAUGACUUUAUUUCAUCCCAUGGGUUUGAGGCUCAGGAGCGACCAACAUUAAGUAGGUUUGUACAGCAACAUGAUAUUUUUGACGACGGUACCAAGUCGUUCAGACCUACGCUAUCGCAUGAUGGAUCCCCUUCAUACCGCUACGUCGGUGAUACAAAUUGGCAAAAUGAAAGGACACGUGAUGAGUAUGUUAGGUGCGUCAAAUCUUCCGAAAAAUUGCAGUCUAGUAAUUAUAACCAUAUGGCGUUUGACGAGUUCAAAAGCGCAUUGAACGCUAUGUCAUUGAAUGCAAACGACGUUCGUGGAAUAUACAACCUAGCGGAAUCGGGUCAUGUCGGUAGACAAAUAAAAUCAGGACUUUACAAAGGGCUUGACCGAGACUUCUCUGCUAUCGACGUAUCAACUGUAGUCUUCGAGCAGUUGAAUGCCUAUGACAACAUAAGUAGUCGAGGGGAGCUACAGGAAUGCAUUCCUCUGAUGAAUGCAGAACUAAAGCAAAGAGGAUUUUACACUGACGGGGUCAAAGAAACUAUUGCUGAUGGCUGGAAACGGCAUCUUGAAGCUGAAAAACAAUACCGCGAAAUUUGUUUUGGGGGGAGCUCUAAAUUCAGACGCAGCGACUUGACAACACCUAAUUCUUUGAAGUUAUAUGCAUCAUUUUACUCGCCUGAUCAAAUUAUGACAACAACCGAUCUAACGGUUCUCCUCGGAGAGACUUUAGAGAUGACUGAAACGAUGCCUAAACCAGGCCAUGCAGAUUUGUCUGAGCGGAAAUCUGAAUUUGUUACGAGGGCAUUCAAGAAAGGAAUUUCUAUUACUUCCCACGAAGAGCUCGCCAGAACACGAAGUCAACCUCUCUUCCAAUUUGAACGAAAACGGCCAGUUCCUGCUGGUUUCGAAAUGAUCAACACAGAUUUAUUUGCACGAAAAGAGAAUCAAUUUAUGGUGUUUAAUGGCCCUGGUGUCGACAGCUGGGAUGGAGCGAUACCUAGGACAAAAACAUCUGGCAUUGAGCAGAUGCUUUCAGAUGCAUUGCGAUAGAGGCAGGAACUCACAAAUAAUAAUAAUUUGGAAAGGAAUAAGACAAGCUGUGGUCAUCUAGUCUGAAAACAAAGUGGUGCUAAUUGUUUUGUCAACAAGCAUUUCGAUGGUGUACGGAUGUCACGCUCUCAGAAUUUGAUCCGUUGCUCUUAAUAGGUCGCCCCCCGUCACAUUAUGAACGAGGAGUAGGAUAGUGCAAGCUUAUAUAUCCAAUGCUAUCGAAAAUGUACACGUCGAACAUAUUUUAAAAUAGGUCCUAAAAAUAUUAUGAAUUCCCCUUAACUUUACAGUUCGGUCCCUGGCCUGUACACUCAAUAAUACUUCACAUUGCUGCUUCUGUGAAAUUCGCUUUUGCGAAAAUACUGCUGUGUCGAUUACAAGUCGUCAAAUAACGAGCCACCUUCAGAUCCAUAAAUUUCAAAUGCCUCUGUGUUCAAACUAUCCGUAUCUUCCUUCCAAAAAUUGUCAUCAAAUUUUGUGUUCACAUCCGACUGAACCCUCAACGCAUCAGUAGGAGAGAAUUCAUUGGGAAAAUGCCCCGCCUGAUGUUUCUGCCAGUCGUAACGGUUAUCGAUAUGUAAAGUUUCACCAGUGUCGUGAACGCAUCGAGGAGAAAAAACAGCGUUACUGCUUCGGUACGAUGCAGAAUCCACUCGCCGAAAGUAACCAAUGUCUGAUUCUUCCCAAUAAGUUUUCCUCACAUCA